AUGUUGACCUUUGAUGAUGUUUUAGAAGAAGUAGGAGGAUUUGGAUUAUAUCAGAAGAUCACAUUCUUUUUUGUGUGCCUGCCCUCGGCAGUGUUCUCCUAUCUCUAUGUUGGAUUUGUUUUUUUAGCAGUUACUCCUGACCAUUGGUGCAGGAGUCCUGGGGUGACUGAGCUGAGAGAUAAAUGCAACUGGUCUCUGGAACAGGAGAAGAAUUAUACGUUACCUGUGGGGCAAUCUGGCAGCUCCUCAUAUAGUCAGUGCGAGAAAUACGAUAUUGACUGGAAUUCCUCUUCAGGCAGCUGUGAAAAUCCACUGCUGUUUAUUCGGAAUGGAUCCCAAGAUUUGCCACUUAUAACAUGCCAGGACGGGUGGAUUUUUAAAAAUGACUCCAUCUCCAGUAUUGUGACUGAGUUUGAACUGGUGUGUGCUGAUUCCUGGAAACUGGAUCUAUCUCAAGCUUGCCUAAACCUGGGAUUUACACUCGGAACAGUAAUCAUGGGUUAUGCAGCAGACAGGUUUGGUAGAAAAUUGAGCUUCUUGUUUGCAACAUUUGUAACUUCAGUUCUGGGACUUGUAGUACCAUUCUUGCCAAACUACAGUUGGUUUUUGACUUUCCGAACAUUGCAAGGCUUGUUCAGCAAAGGAAGUUGGGUGUGCGCAUAUGUCUUCAUUACAGAACUUGUUGGACUACAGUACAGAAGAACAGUGGGUGUUUUAUAUCAAGUGUGUUACAGUUCUGGGAUGAUGCUACUUUCAGCUGUGGCUUAUUUUAUACCAGACUGGAGAAAUCUGCAACUGGCAACCACCAUUCCAAACUUUUUCUUCCUGACCUACUACUGGUUGAUCCCAGAGUCUCCCAGGUGGAUGCUGUCUCAAAAGAAGAAUACUGAAGCCCUGAAUGUUAUACAGCAAAUGGCAAAAAGAAAUGGGAAAAGUUUUUCAAACAAAAUUGAGAUAGUUGAAGAAUGCAGUGAGGACUUAGAUCGUCCUUCCUUUGUCGAGCUGGUACGGACUCCUCAGAUGAGGAAACACACCUUUAUCUUGAUGUUUAACUGGUUCGCUAUUACAUUGGUGUACCAAGGUCUCAUCAUGCGUUUGGGAACCCUGGGAGGAAAUAUUUACCUUGACUUCUUCAUUUCGGGAGCAGUAGAAAUCCCGGCAGCAAUUCUCAUCCUUUUAACCAUUGAGCGGAUUGGACGGCGUCUUCCGUUUGCAGCAGGUGGUCUGUUGUCGGGGGGCACUUGUCUAAUAGCUGCAUUCAUACCUGAAAAUAUUAGUUGGUUGGCAACCGCAAUAGCAUUUGUGGGUAAAUUAGGAAUCACUAUGUGCAUCGAAAUGGUGAUAUUUGUAAAUACUGAACUAUACCCAACAUUUAUAAGGAACCUUGGUGUUUCAGUGUGCUCGUCACUGUGUGACAUUGGAGGGAUUGCUGCCCCAUUCAUUGUAUACCGACUGUCAGGAAUCUGGAAGGGGUUGCCUCUUCUGGUUUUAGGCAUGAUUGGUUUGAUUGUUGGUGGCCUAGUGUUGCUCUUGCCUGAAACAAAGGGCUUGACUUUACCAGACACCAUUGAAGAUGUGGAGAACCUCAAACGACCAAAGAAAAAGAUUCUGAAGAGACACCACCAGCAAUCUGUUCUGUAUUCAACAGAUGUCAAGGAUCCAGCUUCAGUGAAGAUGGUUGUUGAAGGAUGAAUUAGCUUUAGAUAUUUUCCACUCAACCAUAAAGGUACUAUGACAUACCUGAGCAGCAUGUGGGACUUGAACCCAGGCCUUCUGGCUCAGAGGUAGGGACAGUACCACUGUACCACAAGAGUGCUCCAAUGAAUUAGCUUCUAGAUAUUUUCUAAUCAACCUGUUCAGAGAUGUUAUGACACACCUCUGCAACAGAUAAACCCCCACAGCUCCUUGCUCAGAGGUACGGACUCUUCCACUAUGCCACAACAGCCCUAAUGUAUUAGCUUCGUGUUUGACACAAACAGUUAGCUGCAGCUAUUUAGCCUUUUACUUCACAAUCCAAUAGUAUCCAUUUUUUUCUGGUGAUUCACUAACAUCUGUGAUUAGGAUUAGUGUUUGUUUUCUUUAAUAUGUGGUACAGCUUUCAAGUAACAAAUCAGAGGCUAUAAAUCACUUAAAAAUUACAGACUCAAAAAUGCACCUUUAAUGUUAAAUAUGAAAUAUUUAAUCUGUCCUCAAACAGUGCUUAAUGAUAAAAGAAAACCAUGUGAGAAAAUAAAUUCUUGUAUUUUAAACUUGAGAUUGGGUAGUCUUGACCCCAGUGGUACGACUGAAAGAACUGGGUGUUGUAAACUUGAGCUUCAGUACACACAAAAAUGAAGCCGACUGAAGACAAUUGUACAGAGGAAUACUGAUUUAAGUGACAUCAAUAAUCACUGCGCCCCUCAAAUCCUGCUUCAUUCAAUUACGUUAGAAUCUAUUUGCAAGGUUUGUUGUUAUAGAAUGAAAACCUCACUUUUGCAUAUACAGCUUGAGGCUGGACUCUCCUAAACUAAGAGGUGUAUAAAAAAAAAGCACAAUAUCCCUAGUGUCAGAUCUCAUCCUUUGUUUCCACAUUUCAGUCGGUUUCUUAUCUACACUAUACAGAAAUGCUUGAAGACAGCAGGACAAAUAAGGAAGGCCAUUAAAACACAAAUAUCCAGUAUCUUUAGCUUUAUUAAAAGAGGCACAGAAGACAAAAGCAAAGAAAUUAUAUUAAACACAGUGGUUAGACACAAGCUGCAGAAUGUUAUGCUCCAAACCUUCAGAAGAAUAUCAAGGCUUUACAGCAUUUUGCAGAGAGAUUUAUUAGAAUGCUAAUAAAUGUACUCCAUGUCUAUCACCAAGAGUGGCUUGAUAGCACAACUAUGGACUGAGAUGGCUGAGACCUGAAGAAUAUAUCUGGGCCUGAGGCAGGUGAUGAGGGAAGCAACAAGAGGGAAAAACCUACUUAACUACACCAAUCUACUUGUCACAGAUACGCUUAUGUACAGAAAUAGUGACAGGAGUGAUCACUGCACAGUCCCUGCAGAGACAAAGUUCAGUUCUCACAAUGAGGAUUCACUCAUAUCAUGUGGCAUAUUAUGGUUCUAAAUGGGAUUGCUUCAGAUCAAAUCUAGAAACUCAGAAUGGGGUAUCCGUUACCAUCAAGCAAGGGGAAUCAGCCCUGGUUAAAUAAGGAGUGCAGGAGGGCAUGUCAGGAGGAGCACCAGAAAUAGCUAAAAAUGAGGUGUUUACCUAGUGAACCUACAACACGGCAUGACUUGCAUGUCAAACAGCUGAUGCAACAUCCAAUGCCCCCAAACAAUUUAGAUCUGAUCUAAGCUCUGCAGUCCCACCACAUCUAGCAAAUGAUCCAUUUCGGCUACCUCUUAGGAUUCCCAGCAUCAAAAAUACCAGUCUUUAGCCACUUCAAUUCAUUUUACAUGAUAUCAAGAAACACCUGAAGGCUCUAGAUACUACAAAAGGUAUGAGUUCUGACAAUAUCUAUCUUGGCUAUGGUACUGAAGAUUUGUGCUCCACAACUAGCUGUACCUCUAGCCAAGCUGUGCCAGUACAGCUGUGACA